AUGCCUUCGCAAUCGCCGUAUCCCGAACUCAAGAUACCGAACGUCGGCCUUUGGGACUUCCUGUUCGAGAGGAAGGACAGAGACUUUCCGGAUGACAAAGUCAUCUACGUUGACCCAGCCACCGACCGAUCAUAUACAUACGCCCAAGUCAAGAACACCGCCAUCGAGUUCGGGAAAGGUCUGAAAGGUCUCUGGGAUUGGCAGAAGGGCGAUGUCCUCGCGCUAUACACGCCGAACUGCAUAGAUACGCCAGCGAUCACAUGGGGCACGCAUUGGGCGGGUGGGAUUGUGUCGCCUGCAAAUCCAGGCUACACUGUUGAAGAGCUUGCAUACCAGUUGAAGGAUAGUGGGGCAAGAGCAAUCAUCACGCAACUACCUCAACUGCCACUUGCCGUUGAGGCCGCGAAGAAGGUCGGCAUACCAGAAGAUCGCAUCGCUUUGAUCGGAGACGAGCGGGACCCCAAUGGCAGGGUCAAGCACUUCACAUCCGUGCGAAACAUCUCUGGCACGCAACGAUUCAGAAGAGCCAAGGUGAAUCCGGAGAAGGACCUUGCUUUUCUUGUGUACAGUUCUGGAACCACCGGUCUGCCCAAAGGUGUCAUGCUCUGCCAUCGGAAUAUUGUUGCCAACGUGAUGCAGAAUACCGCAGGAGAGCACAGGCUUUCGUGGAAGCCUCACAAGGAAGCGCCAGAAGGAGAUGCGAUUCUCGCCUUCUUGCCCUUCUUCCAUAUCUACGGACUUACCUGCAUCAUCCAUCAUUGCCUAUACCGAGGUCUCAAAUGCGUUGUGCUACCGAAGUUCGAUCUCGAGGCGUGGUGUCAGAUCGUGCAAAGUCACAAAAUCACAAUGUCAUACGUCGUCCCGCCAGUCGUGCUGCUCCUUGCAAAGCAUCCGGUAGUGGACAAGUACAAUCUCAGCAGUUUGCGCAUACUCAAUUCUGGUGCAGCACCGCUCACGAAGGAGCUGGUGGACGCCGUGUACGCUCGCAUCAAAGUGCCCAUCAAGCAAGGCUAUGGCCUCAGCGAAACAUCACCAACCACACAUCUGCAGCCAUGGGAGGAUUGGCAGUCAUCGAUGGGCUCGGUCGGCAAGCUCCUUCCCAACCUUACGGCCAAAUAUAUGUCACCAGAAGAGAAAGAACUCCCGCAAGGUGAAGUAGGCGAACUCUGGCUCAAAGGACCCAACAUCUUCAUGGGCUACCUCAACAACCCCGAAGGAACCAAAAACGCCCUCACACACGAUGGUUAUUUCAAGACCGGCGACGUUGGGUACCAAGAUUCGCACGGAAAUUUCUACAUCACCGACCGCGUCAAAGAACUCAUCAAAUACAAAGGCUUCCAAGUCCCUCCCGCCGAGCUGGAAGGCUACCUCGUCGCGCAUCCCAAAAUCGACGACGUGGCUGUCCUCGGCGUAUAUCGAGAGGAUCUGGCCACUGAAGUUCCUUUGGCAUAUGUUGUGCCCAAAUCCGGCAACACGCCGAGUCCAGAAUUGGCGCGGGAAAUUGAGGCUUGGUUGGGCAAGAAGGUUGCUAAUCACAAGAAAUUGAGAGGCGGGGUUAGGUUUACGGAUGCGAUACCGAAGAGUGUGAGUGGGAAGAUUUUGAGGAGGAUGUUGAAGGUUCGGCAUCAGGAGGAGGAAGAGAGGAAGAGAGGGAGGGCGAAGUUGUAG